UUUUUUUUUUUAAUAUAGGGGAGGACCCAUGUGCCAUUAUUUUGUCUGCUUUUGAGAGCUUUGUUUGUCCAGAGGAAAGAAAGGCGGCAGCUACUGGCUAGCUAGGCGCCUUAGUGAGAGAAACUAAAGAAGACCUGUUCUGUUCCUAAGAGCACUGAAGAAAUGACUAAAGAAGACGACUUUAAGCUCCUCAAAAUCCAGACAUGUGUUCUCAAAGUGAACAUUCACUGUGAUGGAUGUAAGCAGAAAGUGAAGAAACUACUUCAGAAAAUUGAAGGUGUUUAUCAAGUACAGGUAGAUGCAGAACAACAGAAAGUGACAGUUUCAGGAAGUGUUGAUUCUGCCACAUUGAUCAAGAAACUGGCGAGAGCUCGUAAAUACGCAGAACUUUGGUCACAGAAAACAAAUCAGAAGCAGCAGAAGCAGAACAACAACAUUAGCAAUAACAACUGUGUGAAGAAUGACAAGAACCAGAAGGUUCAAAAACAAGGACAGGUUAACAAGGGGCUUGGAGCAUUCAACAACCAGCAGAAAUUCAAAUUCCCUGCAUGUAGUUCUGAAGAAGAUGAGUUCUACGAAGACGAUGACGAGGAAGACUAUGAUGAUGGUGAUGGGCAAAGGUUUAUAAGUGAGAAGCCUAAUCAACUGAAUUUGAUCAAGCAGCAGCAACCAGCUAGUGCUGUAAAGAGUGCAAAGAAAAAUGAUGGACCCGUGAAUUCAGCUGCUUCCAACAGUGGUGGCAAGGCAAACAAUGACAAUAAUGCCAAUGGUGGCAGGAAAGGAGGCUUUGAUCCAAAAGCCAUGGCUGCUCUGAAAAUGAACAGUAAUGCCAAUCUGGGUAGUGAAAGUCUCAGUUCUGGUGAACCCAGAAGGGUUACCAGUGACAUAGGUUCUAUGAUGAGUCUUGCUGGUUUUAGUGGAAAUUUAAAUAACAAUGCUAACAGUUCUGGAUUUGGAGGAUUUCAAGUUCAGUCCAACCCUGGAUUUCAAGGACCCUCUUCAGGAACCAUGCCAAAUGAUGGUCUUCUAACAAAUCAACAAUACCCAUCACCAUCUUCAUCUUCUUUUCUGAUGAACAUGAAUGGUUUUAAUAACAAUAAUCAUCCAUCUUCAUUGAUGAUGAACAUGAAGCAGCAGCAACCCCAGAUGAUGUAUCAGAGGGCUCCAUUUGUUCCUCCUAGCACUGGAUAUUACUGGAACAACAGCUGCAACUACAAUAAUAAUACAUACAGUCCUGCCAUUGCCAGUUAUUCUCAUCAUCAGUUACCCAAUUACUUUGGGGAAGAUCACUGUGCAGCUGAUAUGUUCAGUGAUGACAACACUAACAGCAGCUGCUCAGUUAUGUAAAUCAUAAAUUGUAGAAUCUUAGAGUCAUGAGAAGAACAAAGCAAGGCAAAAAGCAAUUGAGAUCAUGGUGUUUGACCUGAAAAGUUUCCUUUUACCUGCUUUUCUCAGCUUGUAACUUUUGACUGUAACUUUUUAGAGUGAAAGAGUGCGUGAGAGAUGCAUGUGUUUGGAUCAUGUUCAGUUUGAUGUGGAUGUGAAUCUAAGAUGUAGUGUUGCCCUUCUUUUCCCCUUUUUAAAAAACAGUCCA